GCGUGUAGUGAACAGGGCGUGGUUUGGGAUCAGGCUUGUUUUGGUAAUCAGUGACGGCUGCACGGACUCUGUAGAGCCCCGUGAUCUGGCAGAGGCGCAGCGCUUCAUAAUACAAAAGCCGAAAGAAAGAGAGAUAAAAAGAAAGGAAAAUGGCGAGCGGGGAGGAGGCCGCGCGCCCGUCCGUCCCGUCCUCCUCCUCCUCCUCGUGCAGUCCGGUGGGCCUCGAGGCGCUGUUCCCGGCCGCGUGCUCGGAGCGGAGCGACAGCCCCGAGCUCCUGAGGCUCCGGCGGCGGCUGCAGCGCUGGCUCGCGCCCCACGAGCGCGCGGUGCUGUGCGCGCAGAGGCUGCUGGUGUGGGAGAGGCCCGUGCACAGCGCCGUGGCUGCGCUCGCGCUCAACACCGCCUUCUGGUUGUUGUCGUCUACGUCUCUGCGUCCCCUGUUCCUCAUCUCUGCGUCCCUGCUGACCUUCAGCAUGUUGGACAGAUGGAAGGACAAGCUGCCUCAGAUCACCGCGCUCCACUCAGAGGCACCCGGGAUCGAACGAGAGAGCAUGAGCGUCCACCCCAGGCUGCUGAGCGUCUCUGAGCUGAGCCACCACCUGGCCGAGAGCUACCUGACCUGCAGCCUCUACGUCCAGGAGAUGCUCCAGUAUAAACGCCAGAAUCACGGCAAGUUCUGUGUGAUGACGUGUUCAGGAUGCCUGCUGUUGGCCUUGGUUGGACACUACAUACCCGGAAUCAUGAUCUCCUACAUUAUUUUGCUGAGUGUCUUGCUCUGGCCUCUGGUUGUGUACCAUGAGCUGAUCCAGAAGAUGUAUACGGGAUUAGAGCCGAUCCUGAUGAAGCUGGACUACAGCAUGAAGGGAGACACGCAGCACCGCAAACACGACAAGAGAAAGGUGAAAAAGGAGCAGGAAGAAGGAGAUGAGCCGAGGGCCGAGACGGAGAGCGAGAGCGAGGAGGAGCUGUCCUGCUUUGCCCCCACUGUGGACGUGAAGACCACGGCGUUGGCGAUGGCCAUCACCGACUCCGAGUUGUCUGAUGAGGAAGCGUCCAUCCUCGAGAGUGGAGGGUUCUCUGUGUCCAGAGCGACCACGCCUCAACUCACAGACGUUUCAGAAGAUUUGGACCAGCAGAGCGUACACAGUGAACCUGAGGAAAGCUUCUCCAAGGAUCUCCCAGAAUUCCCUUCGGUGGAGGAAUUUCCAUCCAUCGAGUCCGGACUUUUUCACUUUCCCCUGGGUACUCCCGAGGAGUCUCAGAGCCCGGCCAGUUUGCUCAUCCAGCACCUCGCCUCUCCGCUGCACUUCGUCAACACGCACUUCAACGGACAAGGACAAGGCCGCGGCACAGCGAGCGAGCCCGAGUCGUCCCCUCGCACCCUGGAGGCCCUCAGCGAGGAGAUCGUGAGCUCCGCCAUCUCCACCGUGGUGCAAAACACCCUCUCCGCCCUGCUGAGCUCCUCGGAGGCGGCCGAGGCGCCCGACGUGGCCGAGUUCCUUCCUACCGAAACGCCUCCGUGUCCUACAGAGUCGCCUCUCGAGGAAGGGGACAGAACCGGCGAGGACACAACGCUCGUUCCACCAGAGGACGAGGACUUCGAGCUUCUGGACCAAAGCGAACUGGAGCACAUGGACGAAGGGCUUGGGUUAGGGUUUGACGGACAGGAGACUCCGACAGACGCGCCGCCUAGUGACCGGCAACCACACGAGUCCUAGCUUGUCCCGUAUCCAUGUCCCGAACUGCCCUGUUUAUUUAUAGCGUAGAUACGUUCCACACACUGAAGGCUCUCUGUUACCAGUCGCUGUUGUGUUUUAUUGAGUCGAGAUCUCGCCCUGACCGAGGUUUGUGCUCAGGUGAGAACCGCUGAGUGACAGGAAGUUUUUCCAGUACGUAUAAACGUAUGGAAUGAUGGCAUUGUGUCUGAGGCUGAGCGCUCUGGAGAAGAAACAAAAAUCUUAGGUAUCACUUCAGACCUUGAAGGAAAAAUCGACCCUGAAUAACUUUUACUGAUUUAUUUUUGUUUUUUUAACGUUAGACAGAUUUCCCAGAACGCCGUCAUUGAUAUUGUCGUCACCAUUAUGUUGAGACUGUAUCGAGUAUACAAGGAGGAAUUUCAAGUUGAGUUACAAGAUUUCAGUCAGAUUAGCAGUUAGACAGAGCGAUGCAGCGGCACUUGAAUUUUUUAGCCCUGUCCAGCUAAACCUUUGCAUGCUGUGAAUUUGAGUCUAGCCUUGAGUCCCGCGUUUCCGAAACACGUACGCUAAAUUUCUCGUUAAUACGUCGGUGAAUUCUGGCAUUAAAACGAAGUAAAAAACGAGGCUGUAUUCCCUAAAUUUAUUCAUCAACAAAUAAAAAGAUGUGAUUAAAAAUGAUGUCAACAUAAUCAUGUUUCAGGGUGGCAUUUUUCCUUUAGGAUAAAACUCAAAGGCCAUAAUAUCUGUAGCUUACUGAAAGAAAUCUUUUCUACUUUUUGUUUUGUUUCUUUUACACAUUAAUGAAAGGCAUUUCUUUCUUUCUUUCUUUCUUUUUCUUUCUUUCCCCCUCCACUUCUCCCAAAUACUGAUGAAGAUGAAACCUUACAUAUAAAGAAUUUCACUAAGAAGAUCGUUCCCUUUUUCAGUCAGUAAGAAAUCGUGUUUUGGGAGUUUUCACUUUUCGUCAUACCGUUAAAAAAAAAAAAAUUCAUAAAGAAGGGAGUAAUCCUUGUGUGAGCAUUACACCUUGUACAAAAAAAAACAAAACAAGGGAUAACGUUGUUUUAUUAGCGUGUAGAUCCUUAACCCAGAGACCUAAACCACUCAAAUGAUUAUAACCAGUGUAACUUUAAAGAGAUGUUUUAUCGUUUCUAGUUCUGUUCAUAUUAAUAUAUAUACACGUAUGAAUCUAUAUAUAAAUAUAAAUAUAUCGUGUGUACGUCUGUGUCUUCUCGGGGGUCGGGGACUUUUUAUUUAUCCGUAUCGCUCAGUAAUGACGUAAUACUGUACAACUUUGAUGUAUGCCUUGCUCAGUUUGCAUUAUUUGAUUUUCUUCCACAGGAUAUUGUGUUCUAUUAAAAACCAGUUUGGCAUCUUGCA